AUGAAUAACCGAUCCGAAUUGUUAGUUAUAAACCAACUGUGUCCUGUGAGUGCUGCAGACCUUGAUUCUCCGGGUUCAACGGAAAUAUUGAAAUGUUUAUGGAUAACACUGGUAACAGUGGCCAUAGUUGUUUUGAAUCUCUUGAUGAUUAGUGUCCUGCACAGCCGGAAUCACACGCGAUACCUUCGUCAACAACCCAGGAUGUUCAUGACCUCCUUGGCGUGCACGGACCUUGCGGUUGGUCUUUUUGUGACUCCCUUGAGUGUCUACCCUGCCCUGUACCGCUGUUGGCCCUUUGGAGGAUUUGUGUGUGCCGUAGAAGCUUUACUUAUCUCGGCUUUAUUCCACGAGUCUACGUUAUCCCUUGUUUGUAUAGCCAUAGACCGAUACAUCUGUAUAGUUUUACCGUUACGAUACAAUUCUGUGAUGACUAAAAAGGUGUGUAUCACAAUGAUUGCUGUCUCCUGGAUUUUAUCAACGUCAGUGUACUGCAUGAUGAUUUACCCCUCUGGAGAAUUCAAAUUUGACUCCCAGGGGAUCUUAGUGUGCGAGCCAAACUACACCAAUACAAACAUUAUUAUCCUAGCUACAGUGCUUUUCUACUUUCCUCCCCUGGUAGUCAUAUUGUAUUGUUAUUACACCAUUUUUUCUGUAGCUCAAAAACAACUCAGAUCUGUACAAGCUGCGCCCUGUUCCGUCUAUAACGAACUUAAUAGGUGUUCUACUGUUCAGAGGUUUCAAGCAAAGGAGAAACUUAAACAGUACCGCACCGCAGUUACUCUUGGAGCUAUUGCCCUUGGAUUCUUGCUGGCUGUAACCCCGUGGACUUUGACAACCUUGGUGUCCUCGUGCUUAGAAAAACAACUUUCAAGCACAGUCGAGUUCACUGUGACAUGGGUUGCUGUUAGCAACAGCUUCUGGAAUCCUAUAAUUUAUGGAAUGUUAAACAAAUCCUUUAGAUCCAUAGCCGUUAAAAUCAUUCGGCGUACUUUCUGUUGCAAAGAAGUUAAUUCUCAUGUUUUAAACUAUAUAUCUGCAAAAUAA